CGCCCACCACAAGCUGGGCUCAAGCCUGAGGGCUUCUGGGUCAUCAUCGUUGGGCAAGAAGUCGGUGUAUUUUACUGUUGGUCAGUGGCUGAUGUUGCGGAACGAACACAUUUUGUUAGCGGGAGUAUUCAGAAACGAUACCCAUCUUUCCAGCAAGCUCUUCACGCAUACACCGUCAAGUAUAAUGAAUGCAGCGUCCAUGCAGUUCCGAUUCCGGGUGGCCCAUUCUGGCCUAUGAACUCACCUGUGUCCCCAGCAUCUCCCCCUCCCCCUACAUCUCCCACAUUGUCUAUAGACUCGGAUGAUUUGUGGUCGCAAGUAGAAGACCUGUCGGACACCAUGAGUCAAUAUAAAUUUGAAUCUACGUAG